CAAUCCUUGUCUGUUGAGGCAGAAGCAGAGACAGAAGGAGUGGAAGUGUGGAAUCAAUGCCAAAGGCCCUAUUUAUCAGGAAGUGUGCCACCUGGACACCUGUGACCAUGGCUCUGUAAUAAUCCUGUGACCCUGUUGUCUGAGCUCCCGUUCGAGUGAGUAAAUCAUGGCCAGCAUGACGGUCCAGCUCCUUGGCUUCUUCUUGGGGCUGUUGGGGUUUGCAGGAACUGUAGUUGCAACUCUGCUCCCCCACUGGCGCAGCACAGCCUACGUGGGCUCCAACAUCAUCACAGCCACUUCCUACAUGAAAGGCCUGUGGAUGGAGUGUGUAUGGCACAGCACUGGCAUUUACCAGUGUGAGCUGUACAGGUCUCUACUGGCACUGCCACGCGACUUGCAGGCUGCCCGGGCGCUCAUGGUGCUCUCCUGCGUCACCUCAGUCCUGGCCUCUCUGGUGUCUGUGAUGGGGAUGAAGUGCACCCGCUUCGCCCGUGGCUCUUUGAUCAAAUCUCCGUUGGCGCUAAGUGGGGCUAUCUGUUUUCUCUGUGCUGGCCUGCUCUGUCUGGUCACAGUGUCCUGGACCACCAAUGAUGUCAUCAUGGACUUCUACGACCCCUUCCUCCCCAGCGGGAUGAAGUACGAGAUCGGCCUGGCCGUGUAUCUCGGUUAUGCCUCGGCCUGCCUCAGCCUGACCGGAGGACUGGUGCUGUGCUGGAGCAGCAGCGGUGACAGGUCGCGGAGCCCCCUGAUUAUGCAGAGGAACCAACCACAAUCACCUCCCCCUGCCUUCAACCACAUAUAUCCUCCAGCUCCACUCUACAAGCCCGCCGAGGCCCUGAGGGACAAUCGUGCUCCUUCACGUUGCUCCCUUUCCAGCAGUGGCUACAGGCUCAAUAACUACGUGUAA